CCUCUGCUUUGUUUCAGACAAAACUCCCCAUCUCAAUAUCUCAUCAGCAUCAAUCAAUGGCAUCUUCAAAGAUUUCUCUUUUAUUCCCGUUCUUCCUUUCCAUCAUCUUCAUCAGCUCCCCUUUCUUCUGUGAAGCUGAUGAGGAGGAUGAUCUUCUUAAAGGCAUCAACGCUUAUCGUGCUUCAUUAAACUUGACUACCCUAACGAAAAACGAUAACGCCGAGUGCCUUGCCGAUAAACUAGCCGAUGGAUUCAAGAACCAACCUUGCACAAACUCCACCGGUGCCAACACGGUUCCAGGCACCGAACCACAGUUUCCCAACUACCCAAACCUUUUAGCCAAAUGCCAUUUGAAUGCCUCAGUCACAAGGGAUGGCGCAGUAAUGCCUGCUUGCGUCCCGAACCUAAUUCCAAGCCUUGUGCUCACUAACUUUACGCAGUCUCAAUACUCCGACAAUCUCAACGAAACCAAGUAUACAGGAAUCGGGAUCGGUUCAGAUGGAGACUGGAUCGUCGUUGUCCUGACAACCAGCACAGCUGAAGGAAACUAUGCUACAGCCACUACUACCACCAGUGCGGCUAGUCCGAUUUCCAAGACGAGUGCAAUUUAUCACCUGCUAUUCCUCGUCGUGAUCGCUUCGUACUUUUUACGACCAGAAUCGAGUUUUCGUUGUUGAUUGGCAGAGGGUUACAAAUAAGUACACUUUCUUUGGUGUUUGUUAGGUGAUGGCAUUCAAAAUAUCAUUUUAGGAAGGACUACACAAAGAUCAUAUCGGUAAUGUUUCACUUUUUGUCUGUUGUUUAUAUUAGAAACUAUGU